GAGAGUCAACAGCAGAGUGAAAACUUCUGACAAUUAAAAAAUGGUAAAGAUAAAAAAAACGAGAACUGGCCAACUCAACGCUGUGGGCCACUGGGCGAAUGAUGUUCAGCUGAAGGCAGCAAUGCCUUCUUGAUUAUGAAAAUCGAUAGUCAGCUCUUUUCAACUGUUUGUCUGUCUGUCUGCCUGUCUGCAUGUCUGGGUUUUGACAUGUGAUAUUUAAGCAUUGAUGCUAUAAUUGCGCAUCAAAAAUCAAAGGCUAUCAUAACUUGCACUAUAUAAGGGCGUGGCGCAGGACUUUGGGCCAAUUGUGUAGUCUCGUCAUGCAGUUGAGUCUGUUGUUUGGCUUGUGCCUAAUCCACUGGCCGCUGGCCCAGCCCCUGCUCAGCUACAGGCCGUGCAACGAGUCCGUUGUGGCAAUAGGUGGGAUGGCAAUGAGAUGCGGCCAAUUAAUUGAUCAAGGCAAUUCAAUGCAAUUCAAUUGAAUGGAAUUUUUGCAGCACUCUCGCAGAUCAUCCACGGCCUGCAGCCGCGACAGCUGGCCAUACUGGCCAUGCCCAGCUCCCGUUGGCUGAGCGUGGACUGUGCGAACAACGACACCAUCCAAGUGGAUGACUUCAUACAGCGAUUGCAUAAGCUCUACUACAAGUCCGUCAUCUUCUAUGACACCGAGCUGUUCUUCGACUACAUCGAGGCGAAUCUGCUGGGCGCCAUCGAGUGCGUCAAUUUGAUAUUCCACGAACCGGAUGAGCUAUCGGCACGCAUACAGGAACGUCGACUGGCCCACCGCCUCAGUCUGUACAUGUUCUACUGGGGCGCCAGCAAGCCGCCGAAUGCGACGCGCGUCAACUUUGAGCAGCCGAUGCGAGCUGUGGUCAUCACUCGGCCGCGUCCCAAUGCAUUUCGCAUCUAUUACAAUCAGGCCAUGCCCACGGCCAAGAGUCAGCUGCGCCUGGUCAACUGGUAUGAUGGCGAGAAUCUCGGCCUUCAGAAGACCCCACUACUGCCCAGCGCCGCCACAGUCUAUGCCAAUUUUCAAGGUCGCCUCUUCCAUGUGCCCGUCUUUCAUUCGCCGCCAUGGUUUUGGGUGAGCUACAACAACGACAGCAACAACAUUGGAAACAACAUUGGCAACAGCAACGGCAAUGGUAACGGCAUCGAGGAGGAGUACGAGAAUGGGGGCUAUAAGAAGGCGAAUGUGACGGGAGGUCGAGAUCAUCAAUUGCUGGUGCUAUUGCGCCAGCAUAUGAACUUUACGUUCGAGUACAUUGAGGCGCCAGGCAGGACGCAGGGCGCGCUGCGUGGCACGGACGACAAUGGCGAGGCCAAUGACAGCUUCACCGGCGGCAUCGGCAUGCUUCAGAGUGGACUGGCGGACUUCUUUCUGGGUGACGUGGGCCUCAGCUGGGAGCGUCGCAAGGCGAUUGAGUUCUCAUUCUUUACGCUCGCCGAUUCGGGCGCCUUUGCCACGCACGCGCCGCGUCGCCUCAACGAGGCCCUGGCCAUAAUGCGCCCCUUCAAGCUCGACAUAUGGCCAUAUCUCAUUCUGACCAUUGUGUUCUCGGGCCCGAUAUUCUAUGGCAUCAUCAUCAUGCCCUACAAGUGGCGCAGGCACCGCAUUGCCAUGGACGUGGAACGCCUGGGCGAACUGUGCAUCCACAUGGCCUACAUCAAUGAGAUAACGCCCUGUGUGCUGAAGGUCAGGCAUAUGCGACCCGUCCGGCCGCCAACGUCGGCAGAGAUGCCGGCGCAGCUAUUUCAGCGCUGCAUUUGGUUUACGCUGCGUCUGUUCCUGAAGCAAUCUUGCAACGAGCUCUGCCACGACUACCGCACCAAGUUCCUGACCAUCGUCUACUGGGUGGCGGCCACCUAUGUGCUGGCUGAUGUCUACUCGGCCCAGCUGACCUCGCAGUUUGCUCGCCCGGCUCACGAGGCGCCCAUCAACACUCUGCAGCGUCUGCAGGCAGCCAUGCUGCGGGAUGGCUAUCGCUUGUACGUGGAGAAGGAGAGCAGUUCGCUAGAGAUGCUGGAGAACGGCACUGAGCUCUUUCGGCAACUGUAUGCCCAGAUGCGUCAACAGCAGCCGUACGAUCCGCAGGGCUUCCUCAUCGACUCCGUGGAGGCGGGCAUCAAGCUGAUUGCCGAUGGCAGGGAGAACAAGGCGGUGCUCGGUGGCCGUGAGACGCUCUACUUUAACAUACAGCAAUACGGAGCCAAGAAGUUUCAGCUCAGCCAGAAGCUAUACACACGCUACUCCGCGGUGGCUGUGCAGAUUGGCUGUCCCUUCUUGGACAGCCUGAAUGAUGUUCUCAUGCAUCUCUUUGAGGGCGGCAUAUUGGAAAAGAUGACAAUGGGCGAGUACGAGGCGCAGGCUCGCCAAAUGACCAAGGAUCAGGCACAGCAGUCGAAGGAGCUGGCUGCCGUGGAGAACGCCAAUGCCAAUGCGAAUGCCAAUGUCAUGAGCAAUGAGGUCAAGGACCAGCCACAGCACAACCAGGACAACGAGAUGAUUAGCGCCCUGAAUCUACGCAUGCUCCAAGGCGCAUUCAUUGCCCUCGCCGUGGGCUUUGUCACUGCAGCUCUGAUGCUCUUGCUGGAGCUCUUCUGGCGCCGCUUGAAUCUGGCGCUGUCGCUGCGACGCUGGCGUCUGCGCUGGCGGCGUCGCUGGCGUCGCGUCAAGCGGACGCUGCGACAGCUAACCGUGCGAAUCUUUGCGCCGAAUUUGGGUUGAUUACUUUAUCGCAUCGCCAUUUUAUGCAAAUCAUUAAGAAUGUGGUUUCGGCUGCCACUGUGGCACUAAAUUAUUGCCAGCCCAAACAGUGGUGCGAGGAGCGCAGAAAUCGUAUAUAGUGUGGGAAAUGCAAUAUGGAUAUUCAUAUAUAUUGAAUGUAUCAUUCAUAUGUAAUAGACUUUAUGCAGGAUAUAUCUAUAAUUGCUUACAUUUUCUAUUCAUAUUGAUAUUUCUAAUUUGAAUCAUAUUUGAUUUCUAUUAGUAUUGAUUUCUCUAUUUCAAUAAUAAUUAAUCAUUUCUGACAAAUAUUCAUUUAAUUGCAAUAUUUCAAUAGCAAAAAUAUAUAUAAUAUACAAUAUAAUACUUUACGCUUCAUCAA